AAUAGAUGGUCAAAAGAAGCACCACAAUGACAGCUCGGCAAUUCAUUAUCAGCAUUAAAUAUUUGUAAAUUUAACACAUUUAUCGACAUUUUGUUAGUUCAAGAAACGUUUAGAAAGAAAUUCUUACAACAUUCUUUCAGUAUGGCGUCAAAUAGGGCAGUUAGUGAUUAAAUUUCAUUGAUACUUCUCGCGAAGAAUCUGUGCUGACAAGUUUUUUUUGCAGAUCUGGCACGGAUACCGGUGUGGAAAAGCUUAGUCCGAACUGUACGUGCCACUCCGCGGUAAGUCCACGCCAUCGUUAACGUACCUGUGCAACCAUUGAUACUAUGGUCCGGGAUCAAUUUUAGCAUCAGAUUCUUUGAACACACGCGAAACCCAACGUUGGUGGCAAGCAAAGUCGGGAAACGAUUUCAAACGCGUGCUGGCCCGGAUUGAAGGUGAUUGGCCCUGGAAUAACGGCUGUUAGUAUCGUAAAGUUUUUGCCUUCGCAGUGAAAUUUCCUAGACAUGGGUACACGUCACCGGAUGUGUACGGAUGGCCAUACGGGCGGAAUGGUACUGCUCGUCACACUGUCAGUGUUGGCCUUGUUUGCGACCGUUGCCAACAGUGCCGCCGUAAUGUCGGUGGACCUGGGCAGCGAGUGGAUGAAGGUGGGCGUCGUUUCACCGGGCGUGCCGAUGGAGAUUGCACUCAACAAGGAAUCGAAGCGAAAAACACCGUCAACUAUCGCGUUCCGCAACGGGGACCGCGUAUUUGGAGAGGACGCACAGACACUGGGCGUUCGUUUCCCGUCCAACAGCUUUGGUUAUUUGGUAGAUUUGCUCGGCAAAACGAUCGAUAAUCCGAUGGUGGAUAUGUACCGUAAACGAUUCCCGUACUACGACAUCGUGGAGGAUCCCGUACGACAUACGGUCGUUUUCCGGGUCGGCGAAGAACGGUACACGAUCGAAGAGCUGAUCGCACAGCUUCUGCAGGUUGCGAAAGGCUACGCGGAAGAUUCUACCGGACAGCCCAUUACGGAGUGUGUACUGAUUGUGCCCGGAUUUUACGGACAGGCCGAACGUACGGCGCUCGUUUCGGCUGCACGGUUGGCAAAUCUGAAGGUGCUACAGCUCAUUAACGAUUACACGGCCGUUGCGUUGAACUACGGCAUCUUCCGGCGGAAGGAAAUUAAUGAAACGGCCCAAUACUUCCUGUUCUACGACAUGGGCGCGUAUAAAACGUCCGCCGCUGUGGUUAGCUACCAGCUAGCAAAGGAUAAAGCCACGCGUGAAACGCACCCCGUCGUGCAAGUGCUUGGUGUUGGUUUCGACCGUACGCUCGGUGGAUUGGAGAUGCAGGUGCGCCUUCGCGAUUACCUUGGCCAGGAGUUUAACAAGCUGGGCAAAACCAAAACGGACGUGUUUACCAAUCCGCGUGCCAUGGCAAAAUUGUUCAAGGAAGCGGGCCGGCUAAAGAACGUACUUAGCGCCAACACGGAACACUACGCCCAGAUCGAGGGUUUGCUCGAUGAGCAGGACUUCCGGUUGCUGGUGACACGUGAACAAUUUGAAGGACUGUGCAAAGAUUUGUACGAACGUGUAACCGCUCCGUUGGAUAAGGCACUGGCUGCUUCCGGUUUAGCGCUGGAUGUAAUCAACCAGGUCGUACUGUUCGGCGGAAACACACGUGUCCCGAAAGUGCAGGACAUACUGCGUGCGCACAUCGGACAGGAAUUGGCGAAGAACCUGAACGCGGACGAAGCUGCCUGCAUGGGAGCCGUGUACCGGGCGGCCGAUCUAGCCACCGGCUUUAAGGUGAAGAAGUUUAUCACAAAGGAUGCGGUUCUGUUUCCGAUCCAGGUGGUGUUCGAUCGGGAAGCCGAAAAUGGUACUAUGCGACAGGUACGCAGGACGCUGUUCGGUGCGAUGAAUUCCUACCCACAGAAGAAGGUCAUCACGUUCAACAAGCAUACGGAUGAUUUUGAGUUUACCGUGCAGUACGCGGAACUGGAAUCGGUACUGAGGGACGAAACCAGGACGCUCGGUUCGCUCGAUUUGGCACGCGUAAUACUGAGCGAGGUGGCCAAAAAGCUGAAAGCGAAUGUGGUAGAGAACGUAGAAUCGAAGGGUAUUAAGGCACACUUUAUGCUGGACGAUUCCGGCAUAUUUUCGCUUGCCAACGUCGAGCUGGUACUGGAGAAAACGGUCACCAAGGAGGAGGAUGAGGACGAGAGCACAUUCCAGAAGAUUGGCAACACAAUCAGCAAACUGUUUUCGGGCGAUUCGACCGAUAAACCGGCGGAAAAGGUAACGGAAGAAGGGUCAGAAAAGGAGGAAGAUGAACCGACUGAUGGAAAGGAUGGGAAACAGUCAGAGGAACAAACACCGAAGGACAAAGACGCUGACGCGUCGAAGGAUGCCAGUUCGGAUGGAAAGGAAGGUACGGCUGGAGGAGAAUCGGAGAAAAAGCCAGACGACGGUACGGAGGCGAAGAAUGCGACCGUAGCACCAAAGAUUGUAACGCUGAAGGAAACGAUCCCGUCCAAGGUGGAGCUAACGUACGUGGUUCCGCUCGAGGGCGAAUUGUUCGAAGCGUCUGCAAAACUUAUGGCCGCACUGGACGAGGUGGAUAAUGCAAAGAAGCGUCGUGAAACGGCACUGAAUGCGCUGGAAAGUUUCGUAAUCGAUGCACAGGUCAAGAUGGACGAAGAGGAAUACGCAUCCUGUGCGACGGAGGAAGAGAUCACUUCCAUUCGGCAACGUUGCGUUGAGAUUUCCGAGUGGCUGUACGAGGACGGUUCCGAUGCUGAUGCGGACACGUACGAGAAGAAGCUGGAGGAAUUGCGCACGGUCGCGAAUGAGGUGUACGCAAGGCACUGGGAACACGAGGAGCGACCCCAAGCGCUGAACGCACUGAAACAGAUGAUCAACGGUUCCGAAGGGUUCCUGCGUAAUGCGCGCAACCUGACGAAGGAUACCAAUCCGGAGAAGGAUGUAUUUACGGCGGUGGAGAUUGAAACGCUCGAGAAAGCGAUCCGUAGUACGAUCGAGUGGCGUGAUACGGAGGUGGCCGAGCAGGAGAAGUUGGCCCGCAAUGUGCCGGUACGGUUGACGGUGAAGGAUAUUACCGAUCGUAUGGGCAUGUUGGACCGUGAGGUGAAGUAUUUAGUUAACAAAUUGAAACUAUGGCGCCCGAAGGUGAAACCGACACCACCACCAAAGCCGGAGAAAACCGCUAGCGGCAAGGAAGACGAGAAGGAAGAACCAUCUGGUGAGGAAAAACCAGACGAACCGGUACUGGAACAGAGCCCGGAAAAGGAUACAACCGAGUCGGAAGGUUCGGAAGCUGAUGGAGCCACGGUGGAGGAAAUUGAUCCGACUGCAACGCGAAAGGAGCACGACGAUGAGGAAGGUGGUGAUCAUACGGAACUGUAAAGGCAACUGAAGGAAAGGACAAAUUGUAGGCCUAGGUUUAGCACAAUUCGGAGCACGUGGUCUAGUUCACCGACCACGUAGGUCACAUUUCAUUUGUUGAAGCAUCUUCAAACUCACCUUCCCCGUUCCAUGUUGCACUUUUGAUCAAGCCAACAUUUAAUCUGACCUCCCCCCCAUUGAUGGAAAUAGAAAGGUAGUCCCGUAUUUAUUUUACACCCGUUAGCAAAAAUUGUCCAGCAAAGUAGCGAGUAGCAGGCGGCACAGCAAAGAUCACCCAUCCGUACCGACCACUACCCACUAUUGACCAUUCCUUGCGUUUGCUUACGAUGGAUAGUGAGAAGGACAACACGGCUAUCCUUCGACUAGUAGUUUUGGUAAUAGUCCUGAUAGAUGCUAUAAAAAGGAGUCGAAACAUGAAUGUAGGGAACAAUAGGUAAAAUGCGUGCGAAGCAAAAGCGAGAAAAAGGCCACUCAUUGUACUCGCUUUUUACGGUGCGCAGAGGAGCUGAAAUUGCAUGAACUGAAUCAAACGCCGUUUUGAAGCCUUGUAGGCAAUUCAUAAUUACCCUGAUGGCGGAGCGUAAGUUUUUGUUUGUUUUUGUUUUGUAAGUGUAUGAGUAAAGUACAGGACAGUGAAAAAAGACCCCAACAGUAGCGGCAGACGGGAUGACGCAGGAGCACGGAGAACAUAAACAAUCGACACAAUUUACUCUAAGUAACGCUGCACGGAGCUGGAAUGGGUAGCGUGGAUAUCGAUCGUUAGCUGAAAAAAAAGGUGAUAAAGUAUAGCGAACUUAAGGAUCGUA